AUGGCGUCAACAAGUCUAUCGUGGAAUUCUUCUUCAUGGCUUAACAAUCGUUGCUUAACGAAAAACAUGAACUCUGAAACGACAAAAUUGAUGAACGGAACCUCAGUCUUAACAGUCGUGGCUCAAAAGAAAGCCAAGAAAGUAAGAAAGAUAAUACUGAAGGAUGAUGUGGCAGAAUUGGGGAAAAAGGGGCAGCUGAUAGAUGUGAAAGCAGGGUUUCUUAGGAAUUUUCUGCUGCCAAUGGGCAUGGCACAAAUUGUGACACCCGAGCUUCUAAAGGAAAUGAAGAUGGAAGAGGAGAGAAUUGAGGCCGAGAAGAAACGGGUAAAAGAAGAGGCACAACAGCUUGCUCUAAUUUUUGAAACUGUUGGAGCUUUCAAGGUGAAGCGCAAGGGUGGGAAAGGAAAACAAAUUUUUGGAAGUGUCACUGCACAAGAUCUUGUUGACAUUAUUAAGGCGCAGCUUCAGAGGGACGUGGACAAAAGAAUUGUCUCUCUUCCAGAGAUUCGGGAAACAGGAGAAUAUGUUGCAGAGCUAAAGCUCCACCCCGAUGUUACUGCUCGAGUGAGGCUGACCGUGUUUGCUAAUUAA